AUGACUAUAGAGUCCAACGAGGCUCCAGGGCCUUUGACACGUAUGAUAUCAAACAUACGUUCUUCCUUAGUAAGGGAGGAACACGACCGACCAAAUCCUACUAAACAACCCACAAACCACGCAUUUGAUGAGACACCAAUAAAGCCAGCGAAGCCGAUUCAGGACGACGAAAGACCUAUAAAGCCUGUAUUAUCAAGAAAGGCUACAAAUAUUGACAUAAUGGAACAACCCGUUGGAAAACGCACGAAGGUUGUCAUUGCAAAACAAGCCAGUAAACAGCCAGUCGUGGAUGAAGACAAGGACGAUGAUAGCGAUGAUGAAGAAAGUGACGACGAAGUGGAAGACAACGAUUUACCACGCGGUCGUCAAACGUCAACAAAAUUCUCACCUCAAAUCAAACACACUCCAACCACGUCGACAUCACCCUCACCAUCCAAGUCACCAUUGAAACCUAUUUUGAAAGAUACUGGUAUCAAAUCACCGAAAACAUCACCCAAAUCAGUGACUGCUGUCAAGAAGCGAGCGGACUCACCCACACCGAGUCCAUUACCAAAGGCACAUUCAACAGUAGCUGAAAUGGCUGCCGAAGCUACUUCAUUGCCAGUAAUACCUGAUGAACCAAUUCCAGCUGCUGCACCAGCUCAAACAUCUCAAAGUCCAGCUCCAAAACCUGUAAGGAGGAAACCUCCACCAAGACAGUCGAAGCCACCUGAGAAAUCUGAUGCUGUUGUUGAAGAUACUCUUGUUUCGGAAAGCACACCUACUGUAACACCAUCUCCCAUACCAGCCGCAGUGUCACCAUCCAUGAAUCACGGUACUGUCACGAAAGUCGAUGUUGCGUGUGGGCUAGAUGCACCAGACUGGAGGUGGAUGGCUUUAGAAGCCCUUGAAGUCGGUGCUCUGGAUUAUCAGGAUGCAGAGCGAACCGGCAAUAAAUCAUAUAGGCCAUUAUCAUCAUCCAUAGAGCUUCCUCAGGACUCUUACUACACCGAUCUCCUGGCAUCAGCUAUAUCACGACCCAAUUCAGGAAAUCCUGGAGACCUGGAACGAUCAAGACAGUAUGGCAGUAAAGAAGCAUUGGAAGAUGUGUCUAAACUGUUGCAGAGGCCAAGACCUUGGCCACCAGGUUAUGCUUCUGGUGGUUUGAUGAAGAUUAUAGUAAAACGUGGUGGUGUUGCUGGUGAUCGUAAGCCAGUCGAUGAGCUUGCAGUACAACCUCAGAUACAGCAUCAGCCUCAACAUUCAAAUCAUCAACCACGAAAAUCAGAGGUAGAGCAAAAAGCGAAAUUCGACAGAGGAAACAAACCACCACCACUUAGCAUACCAACCCGAGGAGGCAAGAAAAUGUCGAAACCAUUAUCACCACCGCCGCACUUCACGUCUUUACCACCUAUAAACAAGGGCAAGGUAGCCAAACGACCAGUCAGAAUGUCGACGUAUAACAAUACCAAUUCAACUCCAGUCUACAAUCAAGCUGCAACGUCAAUUCCGAGGCCAAGCAUGGCACCUGGAUCAUAUGCAUCUCCCACUCGUAUACCAGUAGCUCAAACAUCUAUGAACUCAUACUCUCAGCAGCAGCAGCAACACGGACAAUCAAACGUAUAUGGAACAUACCGCGUUGCUGCUCCAGUAUCCGACUACUUGUCAUCUCAUGUUCAUCAUCAGGAACUGGCAAGUCAUCAUCAACAACCUACAUGGUUGCCACGAGUCGCGAUGAUGGAACACCCACAGCACGAUCCAUAUUAUGGAACUCUUGGAUCCAAUAUGGGAUACUAUCAGCAAACGAAUCAGCAACAAGCAGGGUAUGGACCAACACACAAUGCAGCCGCUAUGGGUCCCUGGGGAAUGUAUACCAAUGUGCCACCAGCAGCUCUAGUACCCGUUGAAGAAGUGACCAAGAAGAAGGGGAAAUAUGUUCCGGCUCUUCCUCGUUCUCGAACACCACUCAAGACUGCUGCUUUCAGGAAGAGGUAG